GCCGCGGCCGGAGCCGGAGCCGGGCCUAGCGGCGGGCAGGCGGGCGGCCAUGAGCGGAGCUGCGGGCUGCCGGGGCGGCGGCGGCGGCGGGGAGCGGGGGCCCCGCUGGAGGAGACCGUGGAAGCUCCUGGCCCUCGGCCUCCUCUCCGCCUCCUCCGUGCUGGCGGCCGCCCCGGGCGCCGGAGCCAUGAGCAAGGAGGAGAAGCGGCGGCUGGGAAACCAAGUGCUGGAAAUGUUUGAUCACGCAUACAGCAAUUAUAUGGAUCAUGCCUAUCCAGCUGAUGAACUCAUGCCUUUAACUUGUCGUGGACGAGUGCGGGGUCAGGAGCCAAGUCGUGGGGACGUGGAUGAUGCCCUGGGAAAGUUCUCCCUGACCUUGAUUGACACCUUGGACACUCUUGUGGUGUUAAAUAAAACCAAAGAGUUUGAAGAGGCUGUAAAGAAAGUAAUCAAGGAUGUUAAUUUAGAUAACGACAUAGUCGUAUCUGUCUUUGAAACCAACAUAAGAGUCCUUGGUGGUCUCCUCGGUGGGCAUUCCGUGGCAAUUAUGCUGAAAGACAAAGGUGAAUACAUGCAGUGGUACAACGGCGAACUUCUGCACAUGGCAAAGGAGCUGGGCUACAAGCUUUUACCUGCCUUCAACACCACUAGUGGUCUCCCUUACCCAAGAGUUAAUUUAAAGUUUGGUGUAAGACAUCCAGAAGCACGAACAGGAACAGAAACUGAUACCUGCACAGCUUGUGCAGGUACCUUGAUCCUUGAGUUUGCAGCCUUAAGCCGAUUCACAGGAACAUCGAUAUUUGAGGAAUACGCACGGAAAGCGCUGGACUUCAUUUGGGAGAAGAGGCAGCGCAGCAGCAAUUUAGUGGGUGUUACAAUUAAUAUUCACACUGGAGACUGGGUCCGCAAAGACAGUGGAGUUGGAGCGGGAAUAGAUUCCUAUUAUGAAUAUUUAUUAAAAGCCUACGUCUUGCUGGGAGAUGACAGUUUCCUGGAAAGAUUUAACACGCACUAUGAUGCCAUAAUGAAAUACAUUAGCCAACCACCUCUCCUUCUUGAUGUUCAUAUUCAUAAACCAAUGCUAAAUGCUAGGACCUGGAUGGAUUCUUUGCUAGCUUUCUUCCCAGGAUUGCAGGUAUUGAAGGGUGAUAUUAGACCUGCUAUCGAAACUCAUGAGAUGCUGUAUCAAGUUAUAAAGAAGCAUAACUUCCUUCCUGAGGCUUUCACGACAGACUUCAGAGUUCACUGGGCUCAGCAUCCUUUAAGGCCUGAAUUUGCUGAGAGCACUUACUUCCUGUAUAAGGCUACAGGGGAUCCUUACUAUCUAGAAGUAGGAAAAACACUCAUUGAAAACCUAAACAAGUAUGCAAGAGUACCUUGUGGGUUUGCUGCAAUGAAGGACGUUCGUACAGGAAGCCAUGAAGACAGAAUGGACUCUUUCUUUCUGGCUGAGAUGUUUAAAUAUCUUUACCUGCUGUUUGCUGAUAAGGAAGACAUGAUUUUUGACAUAGAAGAUUAUAUAUUCACUACAGAAGCUCAUCUAUUACCGCUUUGGCUUUCCACUACAAACCAAACCAUCUCUAAAAAAAAUACAACUACAGAAUACACAGAGCUGGAUGACAGCAACUUUGACUGGACCUGUCCGAACACUCAGAUCCUCUUCCCAAAUGACCCCAUGUUUGCUCAGAGUAUUCGUGAGCCUUUGAAAAACGUGGUGGAUAAGAGCUGUCCUAGGAGUAUUUCAAGAGCAGAAGAGAGCUUGGGAAGUGGACCAAAACCUCCGUUGAGAGCCAGAGAUUUCAUGGCCAGUAAUCCUGAGCAUUUGGAGAUACUGAAGAAGAUGGGAGUCAGUUUGAUUCAUCUUAAAGAUGGAAGAGUGCAAUUGGUGCAGCAUGCAGUGCAAGCAGCAAGUUCACUGGAUGCUGAAGAUGGCCUACGGUUCAUGCAGGAGAUGAUUGAACUCUCCAGUCAGCAGCAGAAAGAGCAGCAGCUACCUCCUCGUGCUGUUCAGAUUGUCUCCCACCCCUUCUUUGGGAGGGUGGUCUUGACUGCUGGACCAGCACAAUUUGGGAUGGAUCUAUCUAAACACAAAUCAGGGACAAGAGGAUUUGUUGCAACCAUUAAGCCGUAUAAUGGAUGCUCGGAGAUCACUAAUCCUGAGGCAGUGAAAGAGAAAAUUGCCCUGAUGCAAAGAGGCCAGUGUAUGUUUGCUGAAAAGGCACGGAACAUUCAGAAAGCUGGAGCAAUAGGAGGCAUUGUUAUUGAUGACAAUGAGGGAAGCAGCAGUGACACGGCUCCUCUCUUCCAAAUGGCCGGUGAUGGAAAGAAUACAGAUGAUAUCACAAUCCCCAUGCUCUUCCUCUUCAACAAGGAAGGAAAUAUUAUACUGGAUGCAAUCAGGGAGUAUGAGGCUGUGGAGGUGCUCCUUUCCGACAAAGCAAAAGAUAGAGACUUGGAAAUGGACAAUAUGGACCAGAAAUUACCCGAGAAUGAUUCACACAAACAAAACUCAGAGGAAGCUUCUUCAGCAUCUCAGGAUGUUGGCGCGGUCAGCGAGGAGCCUGAAGAACGAGAAAGCUCGGACGUUUCUGACCCUGAUUCCUUAUCUCCUGCUCAGGCAGACAGUGACAGCGUUUCCAUUUCAGAUCAGGAUUCCUACAUCCCUGGACCCGGUGAGGCUGGUACUCCAGAGCCAGCAUGCACACAAGGGGAUGACCAGCCUCAGGAACAGCAGACCGAGACAGAGUCAGACUCCAAAGUUAACUGGGACAAUAAAGUUCAACCUAUGGAAUCCAUAUUAGCAGACUGGAAUGAAGAUAUAGAAGCAUUUGAAAUGAUGGAAAAGGAUGAACUAUGACUUGUAGUAAUAACUUAUUUGCUAGUAAACAAAUGGAGAACUCUUUGGGUAGAAGUGAGGCCCUGAUACCUGAGAACUAGAAAACAUAUUCAGUAUUGUGAUGAGCAACCAGGUUUCACCUGGAAAUUAUCAUAGAAAUCCAGCACGCGCUCUUUGUUUUAAUUUUUCCUGUUUAAAAACGGGAACGUGCAAUCGAAGCAUUCGUGUGGCCCCACUGCGCGGUGCUGUACCCCAGGUUUGCUCAGGGACAGAGCCUGACUUCUGCCUGCCAGGCGCCGAGUGGGGAUGCGGCCUCGGCCUCUGGGAGGCACAAGUUGAGCGCGUGGGGCUGCCGGCAACACUCAGCAGCCACCAGCGGGAGCACCCGGAGGCGGCGGGCCGGCCGCUGCCCUGCUGGGAGCGGAGCUGGGCCUGCUUUCCUGACCCCCUUGCUCUGAAAGCCUUCCUUGCUAGCAGCAGGUGAAGCGACGUCUCCCGUCGCUGCGUCUGUAAGACACAGGUAGAAGCAGCUUGGUUUUGUUCUGACAGCUCGCACUGACACAGUCGCGUUGCUCAUCGCUCCUUCCAUCUGCUACGCGAAGAAUGACCCGGGGGCUUUCCCUCCUGCUUCACUUCCAGCUGGUGAAGCUGCACAAACCAAAGGCAGUGUGCUAUGUAAGCAGGUGCUGUCAGGGAACGAAGAUGGCCUGGCUCCUGUGGGGCUGCCAGGCUAAGGUUUGUGGUGUGCUAUGGAGGUCACGUGUGAGACGAAGGUAAAGCGACUGGGGCAGGCGUUGAGUGCAGGCAUUCCCUUUGGCCUUGCAGGUUGGAAAACCCAACCUCCCCGAGGCACAAUUCCACCCAGCAAUAUUCCCUGAACGCACACCGAGCAGGACUAGAUCCGCUGUAACAAAAUGUUCCUUUUUCCCCCCAAGUUUUACUUCUGUCAGCAGCUUCCAUAGCGUGAUGCUUCGGGCAGCGAGGCCGGUCCGUGCCGUGCAGCGAUGGGAGCAGCAAGGAUGGCUGCUGUGCUGCUCCGAGCUUGGGGAGCGUGCCACAGGUGAGUGAGUCCUGGUUGUCACCCCUGUUCCUGAGAUGGAAGCGGGGUUGUUGAAACAACCGAGAUGUCCCGUGUCCAAAGAAACUGCCAAAAAGAUAAUUCAGUUGAUUUAUAUAAACUGCUUUUAGAGAGUUGCGGCUCAAAGAAUUGUUUUCUAUUAGGAGAUGAAUGAGCACUGCCUAUACGCCGCGCCAGACUAGGCGUGAAGGUUUGUGUUGGUCUUUACAAUAUUUGAAAGGAAAAAGCCCCAGUCUGAAGCGCACCUUUCUUUUAGCUGGUGAAAUUAUGCGUGCUGAAUAUGCAACUGUUAUUAGUACAGCCAUACUGUAUUUAUUUGUGUAUACUCCUGUACAGUAUGAAUGGAAAUCCCGGGCAAACGCUGCAUCCGUGUGUACGUGACGACACUUGCUUUCAGGAGCUGCAAAUGCACAGGAACCUUCUGGGAGCACGGCAGUCAGAGCCUCGUGCGUAAAUUGAACGAUGACUUGAAAUCAUUGGAGGAGGAGGUGAUUUGGAGGAGGAAGUGAAGAGGUAGCAGAGCAGUGCUUAAGCGUCCCUUUAAACUAAAUCAGCUUUCAAAUUAUUCCUUUGCACAAAUAACGGUAUGGAGGUUUGAGCUGAGUGCUCGCACCAGCCCAAGUUUUUCAGCUGGGGGAUUUUGUAUUUGUUUGUUCCAUGGCUUUCUUCAUGGAAGGGGUUGGACCAUAGGAGCCGUAAGUGCCCUUCGUUAUGCAGAGCAGUGAGCCCGGCUGUGGGGCUGGGUGCUGCCCUGCGGGUCUCUACCUGCCCAUGCUUGGUAGUUCUUUUGGGGGAGGCCGGAUUAUAUUUGAUAGGUGUAGAGGUCCUCUGAUCAUUGUGUUAAUUAAGGCUGUCGGUAUCGCAGUGCAAGCCUACGGUGGUGCGUCCUUAUUAACCUGCAGAAAAUGUAGAUGUUAAUAGUAAAGCUUUCCUGAAGGAUGAAUUGGGCACCACUGGUCCCACUCUCCCGGGACGUGGGGCAGGACUGGCUGUGGAUGUGCUUGGAGGUGACCACGAGAGCCACAGCUGAGCUGGGCAGGUGGACAGGGCUGGUGGGGGGAGCAGGGCGGGUGAGGGGGCAGCUCCAUUCAGGUGAUUUCUAUUUGGUGUUCCCUUGGGAGGAGAUGGCGUUAGCUGACCUUCUCAUAUCGUGCUGGGAGUGGUUUGGUCUUCUGUCACUCUCGUCUUGAAAAGCAAAAAGAAUGUAUUACUGUUUUUUAAUCCUCUUCUGGAGAGGUGGGUGAGUGUUCUGUCCGGGCUCGCUCUGCUCCAGGUGGAACGCCGCUCGCCCGUUGCUCCUCAGCAGCCGCCCUUCGUGCCGGGCGCUGUGCUUGGGUUGGCAGAGCCCUGCACGCUGAAUGCAGGAAUCCCGGCCGGAGCCGCGCUUGCUCCACGCCACGUAACUCAGAUUAGCCAGUAGGAUAGGAGAGGAACAUUCUCAGCUGUUUACAUUUGUUGUUUCUCAAUGAAGUCGAAAGCAGAGCCCGGCUUUUUCUCCUCCUCCUCUUGAAGGCAGCGUUUGGUGAGAAGUUAGGCAGGGGCCGCGGUGCGCGGAGCCGUCACUCAGAACAUAGAGAAACAUUCUGUGAAUGAAAUAUUGUAUGUUCAGAUUUUAUAGGAUUCUUUUCUUUUUAGCCAGCCCGAUUUACAGCCGUAUAUUUUCUUAUGGAAGACGUCUACUAACAGGUGCUGUAACACUUCUGUUGGGUUUCACUGGCUGGUGGUAAGCAUACACGAUAUUUCUAAGGGCAACUACGUACUGUGAUGUAAAAGGUUGGGCUACAAUGUAUAUAAUCUGUGUACAUAAUUGUGUACUUGAUUAUAACUGCUGAUUGUAAAGAUUUAAUAAAAUGUAAAUAUUCUGGUCA